AAAAAACAAGAAUAAAUGCAGGUGUGGGGAUGUAUAAAAACCUAUCUCUUUCAGUGUUUCCGAAUCAACGGACGUUAGUUGCAAGAGAACCAACUCGCCUAUCACAUCUACCAAUAAGAUGAAGCUAGCUUUGAUUUUCCUGUCUGUUUUCUUGGUGGCUUUUUCUGAUCAACAAUUCCAGCAAAGACGUGAAAGGCUUUGGUGGACGCCGUACAAUUACGCGCAACAGCCCUUCGUCAACAGCUACCUACCGAGUUACUACAAUGUCCAAGAUGACGUCCCCGAUUACCGCGUAUUCCGACCAACCAAGACCGUCACUUACUCGCAGAAUGACGAGUUAGACGCUAGCUUGGUUGCAGCACAAUAUCAAGAUUACUUUGACGAAGAGGAGAAUUCAGACGUUCAGUCAAGAUUCAACGAAUUUCGUGAACGCAGACCAGCAUUCGUGAAACGACCACAGAACGACGAACGAUUGUUGUUGAGCUAUUUGACAUACUUUAAAACAACGACAGCUUCAUUCACUCUUACCUCGUCUGUGACCCUCACCAGCGUCCAGUCUUGCAUUGCAGCAGCUAAAUUUAAAGAUGAUGCUGCAAAAACUACAGCCUGUCGUCGUAAACGAGACUUGCUUGAUGAUUCACCCAGUCCAGCAGACUUGCAAUUCGCCAUUGUUCCCUCUGAAACACAGCAAGUGAUCCCUACCGUUGUCCCAUCGUUGGAUGUCUCCCGCCAACAUCGCCAAAUGUCGUCUGAUGAGGCUUUGCAGCACGACAUUGCUUCAUCGAAAGGUCUUGGCUCCUCAGCUGAUCUUUCGGGAUCCGUCUCGUGGCUGAAACAGAUGCGAGACCCACGAUUUUUAAACACUUAUUCGUUGGCAUCUACAACCGUAACAUCCUACAAGUUUGCAUCGACGACUGUUACCAAGACAGUGCCCAUUGCUGCUGACGGUCUGGUUCUCUGUCUUCCUACUGGCUACGUCGUCUGCUAACCAGCAUGCGACAAAAUGAAAUAUGACAACACCUUUUACUUGAACGUUUUAAUUAUAUACGUGUUUUUUUU